AUGUUGGCGGGCCCCUAUCGGCUCACCACCGCCGUGAAAGCCUUCCUGCUCGCGCGCUGGUCCGCGCAUAUGGCGCAACAGGCGGAGCAGCACCAGCACCAGCAGCAGGCGGACCAGCAGCAGCAGCAGCAGCAGCAGCAGCAGCUGCAGCUGCAGUGCAACGCCAACCCGAUGAACGAUCACGCCGCGGCCGUCCUGCCUACUUCUGCGCCAGAGCCAGUAGGAGAGCCAGAAACGGGUUUCCGGGGGACGGCUGUACAUGAUGAGGCUGGGGAGGCGGAUGAAGCGAGGGUGGAGAGGAAAGUUAUAGACAAAGGGAAGGCGAAGGUGAUUGAGGGGGGUGGGUAUGGCGGAGGGAGUGGUGGAGGGAGCAGCAGCGGGAGAAGGGAAGCAGAGGGGAUGGAGAUGGAGGAAGGAGAGGUGGUCAUGGGAGAGAGUGGAGCGGAGGAGGACGACGAGGAGGAGGAGCAGCGAGAAGAGGGGGAGGAGCGAGAAGACGAGCAGGACGUGCUGGUGAAGGUGCUCGAGUGCCUGCACUCGCCUGCCGACCUCUCCAGCUGCAUGGCCUCCUGCCGCCUGCUCAGACGCCUCGGUACUGCGGUGUGUGCGUCAAGCACAGACAAUUACCCCGAGGAGGGCAUAGAGAAGACGCUACAGGCGGAGGCGAGGUGGCCGGAUCACGGCACGCCGUCUUACUGGUCCAGUAAGGGUCGCGCUGACCCCCUCGUGCCGGAGACUCUCACGUAUCAGCUCUCGGCGCCACUCUGCCUGGUUCGAGAAUUCCAUGUUCGUCCUUUUCAAGCCUUCUUCCAGCGGGGCUGGCCCAUCUACUCCUCGCGCUACGUGCGCCUGAGGCUGGGCUACCCACGUGCACCACCAGGGGACCACACACCCACCGACUUAGCCAAGCCAUACGCGAACCAAGCCCACGGACAGACAAGGCCGGGGCACAUGGGGGCGGUGGGGGGCAGUGAGGAGGCAGAGGACGAGUUCAGAGCAGCGGGCGGGUCGGGGGCAGCGCGAGAUGGUUACAUGUGGACCUACGUCUCUCCUCUCUUCCCCAUGCACCAGGUGGAUUCGCUGCAGCGUUUUGUGCUGCCAGAGGUGGUGCUGGCGGUGGGGGGCGCGGCACAGGUGGAGUUUGUGGGGCGCAUGCAGACCCAGCAGUUCGACGACCUCUACUAUAUCUGCAUCUGCCACGUGUCGAUCACGGGCUGCCCGUUCCCACAGUACGACAUCCACGGGCAGCCCGGAAAGUUUGUCCUGACCGAGCUGCCCGGAAGAAACCACUCUGAAGUUGGGGCAGCAGUGGGGGAAGGCUAUGGGGUGGGCGGAACAGUGGGGCUGCACAGAACACGUUUGGGGGGCGGUGGUGGUGGUGGUGGUGGUGGUGGUAGCAGCACUGCUGCCAAUGGUGGUGGUGGUGCUAGUGGCAGUGGUGGUGGUGGUGCUGCUGCUGCUGCUGUUGCUGCUGCUGACCACCAAUCUGGUGGUGCUGGUGGCAGGGCUGUGAGUCUAAACCCCCAUGCGUCACCACCACCAGUGGCUCCUAGUAGCGUUCGAUUGCCGCUGCAUCCCCAUCCCUCGUCCUCGUCGCCUGUUGCUGCUGUGACAGGGAGAGGGUCAGCAGGCAGGUAUACUGGCACUAUCACUGGCACAGACAGAGAUACAGACACUGUGAGAGGUGGGGAGCGACUGGUAGCGGGAGUGAGUGGGGUGGGAUUUGGUGCAGAUGCAGCAGGUGAGGUGGAGGAAGGUGAGGUUUUGGGAGAUACGGAGGACGAGAUGGAGGAGGAUUUGGAGGAGCGAGGGGAGGGAGGGGCGAGAGAGGGGGUGAGGGUGAGGGAGGAGAGGCAGUUGGAGGAAGUGGAGAGAAUGGGUAGAGGGGAAGAGAUGCUUGGUUUGAGGUUCAGCAGGAAUGAGGAGGGUGGGAUGAGUGUGAGGAGUAGUGGUAGUGAUGAGUUUAUGGAUGCCUUGGAAGACCCUUUUGACGAAUGA